AAGAAUGUUAUAUUUCAUUUAAAGUUAAUAACCAAAUUUGUUUGGCUUCGAGAUAAUCAUGAAUUUCCAUUUUUAAUAGGGAUAUAUUAUCUAAUCAGAGCGAAAACUGGAACACGUACCGGUGCCGGUACAGAUGCUAAUGUAUACAUCAUUUUGUUCGGAUCUGGAGGAAGUACAAGAAGAAUAGACUUUCGGGGGAAAUUUGAAUCUGGCGAUGUCGAUGAGAUAAUAGAAUUUGCCAAAGAUAUACGUCCCAUACACAAGGUACAGAUCGGACAUGAUGGAGGAAGACGGCUUGAUAUGACAUCUAGUUGGGACCUUCAAUAUGUCUCAAUAUAUGUUGAAAAUAUGGAAGAAUUUUAUGUUUUUAGAAAUAAUCGGAAACAAUGGUUGGAGAAAGACAAUAAUCUGACUUUGUAUAGAGAAGGAAAUAAAACAUGCAUCAGCUCGUUUGAUAAUGGACAUGUGUGGUAUCUUGGCUGGAGAGGUGUUCGUUAUAUAUACUUUGGGCGUGAUGGGAAAAUGUCGCUACGAACAUGUAAAAUGUCAUGUGUUAACUGGAAGGACGAGGCAACACAGAGGCAAUGUGUAUCAGUGUAUUAUAAUCAACUUCAUAAGGCAUGCUCUGGUUUUACCUCUAAUGAUCGCCUCCUUCCUGUAGACCAUAGAAAAUGGCCUGGAAAAGUAUAUUUAAGAACAUGUAAAAAUAAUGACACAUUCUAAAGGAAACAAAUAGAUACAUUCUUUAAAAAAAUUAAAGGAAUAUGAACGGAUAUUUUGAUGUCUGCCUUUAAUAUAAGUAUUUUUACUUAAAUAAAAAAUUGUUACCAUAAAAAUGUAUCUAUUGAAUUCAGUCGCAUUACAGAAAAGUCAUGUUUUAUGUCAAUAUUUAGAGCUGAGAGUAAGUAAGUGCUAGAGAGCCGCCACUUUUAUGAUAUUUUUUCAUGAAUUUGUAAUUAGUGCACAACAAUGAUUUUUUUAAAAAAAUGUGAUUACAGGUAACGGCAGCCACGUCACAAUUUACAAUAUAAUUAUUGUUUUGGUUUCAUUUUGAUUUUUUUAUUGUGCCCAAUUACAGUUCAUUAUCUUUAUUUUUUAUUUAAA